AUGAACUUUCUCGACCUUCCACCAGAACUCCACCUUUUGAUUUUCAAAAGCCUAACAAUGGAGGAUAUCUUGAAGCUGCGAAUAACAUGCACCCAUUUCUUUCAAAUGUUCCCACAAAUCACCCAUGAACAACUCUUAGAGGCCGAGUCGACAGCAUGGGCUUCCGAAAAGAAUCUCUACGCAUGUCGCUACUGCCUACGCCUCCGACCGGCAUGUCAAUUUGCCGAUCGAAUGCUCGGACGCGGCCGCACGCGUUUGGGUACAGACAGAGAUAAGCGGUUCUGCGUUGAGUGCGGUGUGAAACCACGAGAUGGCCCGCCACGGUACGGCCCUGGGUCCCAGUUCACCUUCCAAGGGCAGGCAUGCGUGAUAUGCAUCCUUUGCCACCAGUUCCGUCCGGCGGCAUUCAACUCAGACGGCCGUGGCACUCGGCACUGUGAGGUUUGCUGGAGUGGGCGCAUUCGUCUCCCUGCUAAAGAGCCGCCCAGCAUUACCUAA